AUGGAGCCCGCCGGGUUGGCGCUCGGCGCCGUCGGCCUGCUAGGUUUAUUCAACCUGUACCAAGAGGCUGCCAGAGUUGUACACUCGGUCAAGAAUCACUCCUCCGAGUCUCUGCGACUGUUCUCGCGCUACAGUGCAACAAAAGUACUCUUUGAGCGAUGGGGAACGCAGGUUGGCGUUGCGGACAAGGACUCGCUCGCACAAAGCGUACAUCCACAGCUGAAAGAGCCUGCUACGGUCAACGCUGUUGCAGGCUUGCUAGCUUCAAUCACCAAUGUCUUCACCGAUGUGGACCCUACUAUCGCUGGAUAUGAACAACCAUCAACUUCAGCUGCAGCGAAUCCUGGCCGGACGAAACUCCGGUCGCGCCUAAAAUGGGCCCUUGCAGACGGUGACAAGCUGACACAAAACACCAAAGACUUUGACGACCUAGUACAAAAGUUGUAUCGCUUGGUUCCACCCGAAAAGCUUCAUCCAGAUGAGUUUCAGAAAUUGCAAACGUCGCUCAUACAGUUUCAGCGCAAUCAGGCUCUUCAUCAAGUAUCGCACUGGUUAGAUGCUACGACUACUGAAAACACUUUCGAUGCUUAUUAUUCCACACGUCUAGACACAACUUGUAACUGGAUCGAUACACAUCCAGCUUAUCAGGGAUGGCUUUCAGGCAACCCAGACAAAAGCUUACACGUACUAUGGAUGCAUGGCCCAGGUGGAUUUGGCAAAUCCGUUCUUUGCGCGUAUGUUGUCAAGUCCCUUCUAGACAGUGGCACGCCAUUUGUUUGCUCUUUCUUCUGCUCUGGCAACAGCGAUGCUCAGAGGAACCCCAGUGCCAUUCCACGUUCCUGGGUGCAUCAAGCCGUUCAUCACGAUGACGAUAUUCUCGACUUGGUUCUGCAGUAUCUCAGCAAGUGCGGCAACACCAAAGCGACACAUUCUGAUGUCUUGCACCUUUUGCGGGAUAUCAUAUCUCACAACCCAACUCUAAUAUUUGUUGUUGAUGGCCUAGACGAGUGCCCGCGGACAAACACAGAGAGAACCGAGCUGCAUCGCAACAGGGCUGAUGUUUUGCGAGAAAUCAUGAGGGAAGGAGCUGGUAUAGGCGCUCGUCUGUUAGUUGUUAGCAGAGAGGAGGGCGAUAUCAAAUCCCAACUACGACCUCAUGGGCCGCAUCCCCCAGGCAUAAAGUUCGACGAACUAGCGAUUUCCAAGGACAAUGUGUCAUCAGAUGUCGCACGAUUCGCUGAGCAUGUUGUCACGCAGAAACUAGCAGGAAACCAGCAUCAACUCUGUCAGGAGCUUUCAGCCCAGAUGGCCCAGAAGAGCGAUGGCAUGUUCCUUCUGAUACGCCUACAGAGCCAGGAUUUACGUCCUCGUAAAGGAAAGAACCAGCUUCGUCGGGCAGUCGAUGAAAUGCCAACCGAUAUAGUCCAGGUAUACAAGCGGCAUUGGGACGAUAUACAACGAUUGCCACCCUCGGACAAGCAGCGCGCCGAAGCGAUUCUGCGCUGGGUGGUCUUCGCCCGUCGGCCACUCACGAUCCUACAGCUCUCCGAAGUUGUGACGGUGAUGGAUACUAGUGAAGACGACGAGCCCCAAUUUGAUGAUCUCCCCGACUCAUUUGAUGAAGAAUUCGUGGACGACGAGAUACUCGGUAUAUGCGGCUCCUUUUUGGAAUUACGAGGUACCACUCCUGAUGAGGAAUUGAGAAAGAAAACCGUCCACUUGAUCCACUUUUCAGCGAUUGAUUCCUCUUGGGUCAACAUGGGUAUGCUCCAUUUGCUGACACCAUGUUACAAGAAUAUCACUUGGCCCAAAACUGCCUAG